UAGUGUCGACCCACAUCUCUGCAUUCUUCGACCAGUGGGUGAGUGUUUCCUGUGCACAUGGAUCAGCGUUGCAGUAAAAUCCGUAUUGAGGGAUGUGGGCUGCGAGGGUUUCAUGUCUCUGGAGGAUUUGACAAUGGCAAGAAGAGUUGGAGAAUGCGCACACGGGAAUCAUAUGAGAGUUCUGUGAAAUAGGCUAUGGUGAAAAUGGAAUACUAGAGUAUGGGCACAACGAGAGCGAGAGAGAGAGAGAGAGAGAGUGAGCGAGUUAAGAGUAGAUAGUUUUAUCAAUUGUGCAAUGAGCGAGUUACAUCAUCUAUUAGGAUAGGUGAUUAGAUUUUGCAAGGAAAUGGGUACUCGUAGACGUGCUUUGAGACUGCGAUGAGUAGCGCCAAUAUCACUGGAGAUGAUGGCAAGCUGAAGUGAUGGAUAGGACGGAGUUUACGUCGUCUGCGGCUUCGGGGACUGCUGGGUUAACACAAACGGAGAAUGAUGAUACUCUCAGCGAGGGGUGUAGUGAAGAUAUUUUGACUUUAGUGGAAGACGUGAUUCUUCGGACGCUGAAGAAAUAUUCUUCACAAGCUGAUUCGGAAGAUGCGAAGGCGGUUGUAGAGACGAGACUCCGAGGAGGUUCCCUCAAUGCAGAAGGCGAGGAGAACCCAUCGGCUGACCUGGGAGAUGCUCCGCCAGCCAUGGUCACGGACUCUGAAGACAGAGCGUUGCUUACAAAGUUGUUGGAGCAGGUGCAUGAUUUGAGGAGAAAUCAGACCACCGGCUCCAAGAUACCUUCUGAAGCAUUCGGAACGGAAGUUCAGAGAGUUCCAAAACCUGCCAGAGGCCGGAGUUUCGAAAGAAGACGUGGUAGAGAGAAACCAUCGUCCUCAACCAAUGAAGAACUGAGAAUGGUCCUGGAAGCGGCAGCUAUGGCUGCCAAAGCAGCAGCAGAUGCAGCUGAGGCUGCUGCGGUGUCGAUGACGAAGAACACCGAGGCAAUGGAGCUCAUUCUGAAAUCAAUGAAGUCGUCUUCACAGAAGAGGAGGAAGUCGAGGACUAACCCUGCGUCUUCUGAUAGUAGCAUGCGCAAAGCUAUCGUGAACAGCAACAGAAUUACACAUUGGUUACUAGGAUUCAUGGCGGUCACCACCAUGGUCUGGAGGUUUCAAGUGGUAAAAGUGACGAAAAGAGUUGCAGGUAAGCUAAGUAAUCCGUUUGGAUAUGUGGGAGAGCUAUUCAGUUCGGACGAGGAGCCGAAAGAGAAGGACAAAGAGUCUAUCGGGGAUGCAGCUGAAAACCCCAACUUGUUGGAAAAGCUUCAGCAAAUCGAGCUACCCUCAAUUCUCCCGGACUCGGACGGCAAGAAGAAGACUGACCCUCCCAAGCCUACUCCUGACAAAAAGGAGAAGCAGGUAGAAAAUACUUCUUUCAGCUUCCGCAAUUUCUUUGAGCAAAAACCUGUCAAGGAUUAAGUGUUCUACAGGUUACCUUCAAGUGUGUCGUCCUUCUUAAGUUUGAGUAGCAAUGACAUAAGAAGAUUUACUAAACUGGGUAUACGCAACGAAGCAGAACACUACAGGUUGCUUUUCUAUCUUGGUGCUGACUCUGUAGUCGCCCUGUUCGUGGAGCACACUUGCUGAGAAUGUACUCCUCAAAAAGAGAGAUAGAUAGUUUGAAGGAUAUUUGAUGAAGGGAUUGACUUAAGCUGUCUCUGGCAACGUGCACAUCCUCCUUGAAGUAGUAUAGGAAUUCCCAAUUUACACUGCCACAAACUGGAUUUUAGCAUCUAUUUUUACGUACUGAUUGAUCCCUGUCCUAUGCGACCGGAAAAUAGCAACACAACUUCUACACCAAGAAAUGUACUUGUGUGGUAGGGUCGCAAUAGCAAUAGCAAUCAUAUUUCGAUUUAUUUUAUUUCUUUAUUUUGAAACAAAAGGGGUGUUUUCCUUCUCUGUUAAAGAAAAAAUUACAAGAAAGUUCUGUCGUA